GCACUCGAUGCCUCAUUCCGCCACGGUCGAGCCUGCCGAGAGGGGGGUUUCUGUUCAACAGCGCUGCUGCAAUCCUUUCAUUUGGAAACUUGAACAGAAUUUAUAUUUAUAACAAACAUCACUGUUUUAUUUAUUUUAAGUAAACGUUAUUAUCUAGCUAACUUCAUAAGUAACCGUUGGCUCAAGGUAGUAAUUUGUACAGAAUAAGAGAAGCUAAGUUAACGUUACAGUUACAUUAGACCCGGGUCGUGCUAACAAAGAAAAUCCUUUCUCUUCAGAAAUAAUCCCCCACUACUCUCUUUUAGUUAUGAGUCAUGUGGUCGUUGAUAAUCCACACGGUCUAGAUCAGCAGCUUGCUGCCCUAGACUUGAACUCUGCUGAGGGACAAGGCGGAGGAACUGGCAGACGUUACAUUCCACCUCACUUGAGGAACAAAGAUGCUUCCAAAAAUGGAAAUGCUUAUUCCGCUGGUAGACAGUGCGGUUAUUCAGUGGCACCAGUAAAUCUCUAUUCAUCCGGAUGGGAUGGUGGACGCAGCAAUGGAUUUGUGAAUGGUUACCAUGACAACCGCACCAACGGGGGCUUUGGAGGGCGUGGACCCCCUCGCAAUGAUAGAGGUGGGCGUGGCGCCUACCGUGGUAACAGGGGUGGAGGCUCGUUUAAUCAACCAUUACAGAAUGCAGGGUUUGGCAAUUAUGACAACAAAGAUGGCGGCUGGGGAGGACCUCCAAGGGAUGCUGCCUUCAACAGCUUUGGGGGGCGUUCUGAUAGGUCCAAGUCGGCCUUCUUUAAUGAUCGUGGGGCAGGCUCAAGGGGAAGGUAUGAGCGUGGCGGCUUUGCUGGAGGCGGAAACAGCCGCUGGGUGGAGGAGUCCAGAGACGAAGAUUGGUCCAAGCCUACUGCUCCCAACGAGCGCCUGGAACAUGAACUGUUCUCUGGGAGCAACACUGGCAUAAACUUUGAGAAAUAUGAUGAUAUUCCUGUGGAGGCCACUGGAAGCAACUGCCCGCCUCACAUUGAAAGUUUCCACGAUGUGGACAUGGGGGAGAUUAUCAUGGGUAACAUCAACCUGAGUCGCUACACUCGUCCCACUCCAGUGCAGAAGCAUGCUAUUCCCAUCAUCAAGUCCAAGAGAGACCUGAUGGCUUGUGCCCAGACUGGUUCUGGUAAGACUGCUGCCUUCUUGCUGCCGGUGCUGAGUCAGAUCUACACUGAUGGUCCAGGAGACGCUCUGCAGGCCAUCAAGAACAGUGGACAGGAGAAUGGAAGAUAUGGACGUCGUAAGCAGUACCCACUCUCCCUUGUCCUGGCUCCCACCAGAGAGCUGGCCCUGCAGAUCUAUGACGAGGCGAGGAAGUUUGCAUACCGAUCACGUGUGCGUCCCUGCGUGGUGUAUGGCGGUGCUGAUAUUGGCCAGCAGAUCAGGGAAUUGGAGAGAGGCUGUCACCUGCUGGUUGCCACACCUGGUCGCCUUGUCGACAUGAUGGAGAGGGGCAAGAUUGGUCUGGACUACUGCAACUACUUGGUCCUUGACGAGGCUGACCGCAUGUUGGACAUGGGUUUUGAGCCACAGAUCAGACGCAUUGUGGAGCAGGAUACAAUGCCACCCAAAGGCAUCCGUCAGACCAUGAUGUUCAGUGCCACCUUCCCCAAAGAGAUCCAGAUCCUCGCUCGUGACUUCCUGGAGGACUACAUUUUCCUGGCUGUUGGGCGUGUAGGUUCCACCUCAGAAAACAUUACCCAGAAGGUGGUCUGGGUAGAGGAGACUGACAAAAGGUCCUUCCUUCUUGACCUGCUCAAUGCCACAGGCAAGGACUCGUUGACUCUGGUGUUCGUGGAAACCAAGAAAGGAGCCGAUGCCCUGGAAGACUUCCUUUACCACGAGGGUUAUGCCUGCACCAGCAUCCAUGGAGAUCGAUCCCAGAGAGACAGAGAGGAAGCUCUGCAUCAGUUCCGCUCUGGGCGAUCCCCCAUCCUGGUGGCUACAGCUGUGGCUGCUAGAGGUCUGGACAUCAGCAAUGUGAAGCACGUUAUUAACUUCGAUUUGCCCAGUGACAUUGAGGAAUACGUUCACCGUAUUGGCCGUACGGGACGUGUGGGCAACCUUGGUCUGGCCACGUCGUUCUUUAACGACAAAAACAGCAACAUAACCAAAGAUUUGCUGGACAUUCUGGUGGAGGCCAAGCAGGAGGUUCCCUCCUGGCUUGAGAGCCUGGCCUACGAGCACCAGCACAAGAGCAGUAGCCGUGGACGCUCUAAGAGGUUCUCUGGUGGUUUUGGAGCUAGAGAUUACCGUCAGACACCUGGAGGCUCUGGAAACUUCAGCAGCAGCCGUGGAGGACGCAACACUGGAGGACAUGGAGGGAACCGUGGCUUUGGUGGAGGUGGCUUUGGUGGCAACUUCUAUGGUAAUGACGGCUACGGAGGAAAUUACAGCCACUCUGGUAGUGUGGAUUGGUGGGGUAACUAGUCACCAUAGGAGUAGGUUGCCAUGCCAACCCAACCCAAUGGAAACCACAUGUUAACUUAAGCCAGACCAUAACAACCCUCCCUGUGUAGCUUCACUGACACACAGUACAUUACCAACCCUGGUUCUCUGCCGUUCGCUUCUCUCAAAAUGAAGUGUAGCACGACGCAAAGGAAAGUCACCAGCACGUGCAAUGCACCGGAGACCGCAGAGAUUUGCACACCUCAGAGUGAGCAUGGAUGCUGACAUGCAUUGUCCGAUAGCAACCUCGGACUUUCAUUGUUAGAAGUAUUUUUGUUCUUUUUGUGGAAAAAACCCAAUUGAAUAACCUGAGGAUCAUUUGUAUGUUAAUGUACUGUGCCUUUUGAAUUUAAACAGGAAAUCUGUGUUUUCAUUUCACCAGAUGAACAUGGCCAAGAGCUCUAAAUUUGUUUUUACUAUUAUUUUUGUUUGGUGAAAAAUAUUAGAAAGGUAAAAAAAAAAAAAAAAAAAAAAAAAAAGCUUAGACUUAAUCAAACCUUGGCAAACACUGGGACAUUGUGGCUCUCGAGUCAUGAUUCCAUUUGAACUUCAAAUUUAUUGCAGAAACAUCAUGUAGCCUUUUCUACAAACAGCUAAUGGAGCCAUUACUAUAUCGAAUACAAACUGGGCCACUCUGUGAAGCAACCGUAUUUUAAUUCUAAGGGACAAAGUUACAUUUGUUUGUUCUUUUUUGCUCACUCUAUCCUGGACAGGCUCCUUUUUAUGGAUAUGGUAGUCUUUGAAAUAGCCAUUCCUAUUGUAAUCUUAAGAAACACAGAAGUCAUUAAGCUCAGUGCCAACAAUCGCUGAGGUUUAAACAAGAAUAAUCAAUGCUGGAACUUGUUACUCCACAUUUUUCAAUUGACUUGACAGUGUUAUGGCAGCUAGUAUGUUACCAAGUGCUAGCUACAUAAAGUGGGCGGUGUUUUUUGUUUGUUUUUACUUGAGACAUUUUUGGUGCAGGUGUGUGCAAAAUUGAAAAACUCAGUCAGUUUUUUGAUUUUUGUUUUUUUGGGGGGGGGGAUUGUUUCUCUACAAAUAUGUAUCAAAACAAAAAAUGCCUGCCAUCUUGAAAGUGAAGUUCAAAGUGGCUGCAUAAAGGACCACAGCAUCGGGAGGGCAUAGCGUGGUGUUAGUGUUUACUGAAUCGACUGACCACCGCGUGGCCCACAUGGUAUUCUACGCUUGCAAGUGUUUUGUUUUUUGGUCAAGGAGAAAGGACAAGUGAACUGAGUCGCAGGCUUAACUUAAUUACAAACGUUUUCUCUUUUCAAGCUGCGUUGGAGGCAUGGUUCAUCUUUAAGAGACAGGCAGGAGAAUGAUCACUGAGGUUUAUCAAUUAAACAGGAACAGAGCGGGGUUGAGCAGCACUCCGACCACCGGGGUUAGGGAAUCUAGGGUAGGCGUGGGGCGCAGUUUUCAGUGCACCGCUGUUGUCAGUGGCUUUGGUUUCCAUUGCUGCAUAGUGUAACUGUGGAGGCGGCCAAAGAUGAGGGAGUGUCCACUUCCUUAUGGAACAUUAAAGUACUGUCAGGUCCUCUGGGAGUUCAUCUGCUCUGUCAUGUAUAAAAAUCUGUGGCUUUGUAAAGCCAGAGCAGGCUUUUCCUCUCAAAGAGGAGCAGCCAUCGAGAGGAGGAGAGAUGGGGGCGUUUGACCUCAAAAUGCUCCAGUUUUCUCAACGGGUGUGUUGUGCCUUGAAAACUUUUUUUUAAAGAAAUUGAACUAAAAGUGGAUGCACUGACAGUGUUGAGAACUUGAGAUUGAAUGGUGCUACUUGAUUUAGGUGUGUAGACCCUUGUACGUCGUGCCCAUCAAGUUUUACAAAAGUUAUUUUAUUGCACAUCUAGAGUUUUAUAUAGAUGUCUUGGAUGAUAUGUGUCCUUAAGCUUCCAAAUAUUGUGUGUGAGGAGAUUGUGAAAAACGCAGCUUGUUUACAAAGGGGAAGGGUUCUCAACGUUUAAACCAGGAUUUAUUUGGGACCAGGGGAUUUAGCAGUUGGGGGAAUUUAGCCAUUUGCACAGAUUUCUAGAUUCUACUUUUGCUGCUAGUUUUGUGUAAUUUAUUAAGCAUUUUUGACAAAUAUUUAUUUUUGUAAGCCUCAAAGUGAUUCUUUGAAAGUUUCAGAAACUUGACCAAAAGACAGUACAAAAAACACUGGCACUUGAAUGUUGAAUGUCACCUGUAUGCGUGAAAUUUAUAUAUUUCGGGGUAGUGUGAGCUUUUUAAUGUUUAAGAUACAUUGGACUCAGUAAAUAUCCACAGCUGUUUCAGGGCCUCCUCAGGGCCAGUCAUCUCUACUAGAUUAUACUAAUUGGUCAACGAAAUUUGAAAUGGAAUUGAACAAACAUGCCAAGGUUUGGAAUGAAGCUGUCAAAAGAGCAAAUAAAUUUCCUAAGCAUAUCAGUGCAGAAGUGUUCAGAUUCUCCAAUUGUGUGCAUUAUUGAUUCUUUACUCUAAUUUGACCUGAUAAUUAUUUUUCUCCAGUGAAUGUCUGGCACAUGGCAAUCCUUAAAGAAACAAACAUGUGGUUUAUUCUCAUUGUUGUAUUUGCAUAUAUUAAAACUCUGGAGUUCUCCUUGAAUGUGGAGCACGUCUACAGCAUUGAUUUCCAAAGCAGCCAUCAGUGCCGUUUGGGAUGAACAGCAGGCUCUGUGCAGGCAGAACCCGAGACCUGUUCCACGUCCACUAGAGAACCCUAGAGCUCUUUAGAUGUAGACUUUGCUUUCUGUAUUAGCUUAUAGGCUACUGCACUGCAUGGGAAAUACUCAGCUGUGCAAUUGUAUGAUUUUACCAAAUAAAAUGUUUGAAUGCAAAAUUAUCUGGAAGAAUCCAGCAUGUUUCCUGAAGACUUGUUUACUGUAGUUGUGCUGAGAAGACCUGUAGCAAGCGGUCUGUCGCCCUGUGUGGAUACGGGGCAGGCGGGCGGCAAAAUCCAAAUUGGUAUAGAUUGGAUGGGCUUAAUUUCUUUUGAAGAAAAUAUAUAAAGAUUUCAUUUGUAAAUUCAA